UCAGCCGUGGACGGUCGUUCGUUUCGUUCACAUGCGCAACGAUCAUGGCGGUGAAAGAGGGUGCGUGGAGUGAUGACGAGUCACUUUUAUUGAUAGAGGAAUACAGAACAAGGGAAGUUUUAUGGAACCCUCAAAAUGAAAACUUUUAUAAACAAAAUUUAAAGAAAGAUGCGUGGGACGAAAUCGGAAAUGUAUUGAAAAUAACAGCAGAAAAGUGCAAUAACAAAAUGAUAAGUCUUCUCUCUUCUUACCGCCGUGAAAAAGGAAAGGAAAAAAAAUCCAAGGGGACUGGAAAAGGUACUUCGGACACAUACACAAGUCGAUGGUUUGCCUACAAUGCUUUAAAGUUCUUGGACGAUAGAAACACACCAAGAAAGAGAAAAAAUACGGAGUCCAUUCAACGCUCAGUCUCCAAAAACAAUGCCACCGAAGCCACGCAACAUGAGUUCACCCCUCCAGCACCACCAAAUGAGCAUGGUCUACAGGAACCGAAACGAUCCAGAAGAGACGAAAACAAUGUUCUUACCGAUGUAGUGGGGAUAUUGAAAACCACUGCACAGAAAUUGGACAGUAAAUCAAGCAUUCCUGACUUAACUAAAAGUUUUGUUUCAUUUCUAGGAGCUAAAAUGAGUAACUAUUCCUCUCAGACUAGGAUUUCGGUUGAACACGCAAUAUUUGAAAUUAUUAUGAAAGCCGACAGGGGAUAUUAUGAAUCUUGGCAACAUCAACCAAAUGCAUAUACAGAACCAUACUCCAAUCGUCCCUCAACUUCAGUAUCCUACGGUUAUACCACAGCAGAAAAUGUAGACGCUGCUGACUACUCAAUCAACCAGCAGCCUUCGUCGGUCUCUUCACAAGACUCACAGCACUCUUCUAUAGAUGAUUUUACUGAUUUAAUUUAGUUAACAAAGAAAAAUAAAGAUUUUGAUUAUACGUA